AUGGUCAACAAUGUAUUAACCCAACUCAAAUUACCCCUACAUCAAGUAUAUUUUUGGACAGAUUCAACAAUUGUUUUAGCUUGGCUUAGUAAACAUCCAAAAUCAUGGGAAACAUUUGUCGCUCAUCGUGUUGCUACUAUAUCGGACACCGUCGGAGUGAACAACUGGAACCACGUCGUGUCGCAUGAAAAUCCAGCCGAUCUUGCCAGCCGUGGAUGUACUGCUGAAGAGCUGAUAGACAACAGUUUAUGGUGGACCGGACCCUCAUGGCUAAAGGAAUCUGCGUCCAAAUGGCCAACUAUGACACAACCCUUCAUAACUCAAGCUGAAACCCAAAUAGACAUUCUUAAGGAUUUUUCAAAAUGGUCUAGAGCUCUUCGAAGGAAAACUCCACUACCCGGAAAAAGUACUCUUAUUACCCUAACACCCUAUUUAGAUUCGAAGAACAUUAUACGUGCAAAUGGUCGUUUAGCAAAAUCAAGCUGUUUAUCAUAUGAUGAAAGACACCCAAUUAUAUUACCCUACAAAAGUUGUUUUACAAGAUUGUUGACAAGUCACGUUCACUUAAUAACUCUACAUGGAAGAAAUCAAGCUAUGCUUCGAGUUAUACGGUCGGGCUAUUGGAUUCCAAAGCUCAAAAAUCGUAUACGCUUCAUAGUUGAUAAAUGUACCCAGUGCACAAGAUAUAGACAUCGCCAAACUACCCAAUUAAUGGCGGCUUUACCUCCAGAACGUACUCAAUUGUCGAGACCCUUUUGCAACACUGGAGUUGAUUUUGCUGGACCGUUUGACAUAAAAACGUAUGCUGCCCGAGCAUGUAAAGUCACCAAAGGUUACGUCUGUGUCUUCGUAUGCUUUGCAACAAAAGCAAUUCAUUUAGAACCAACGACAGACCUAUCUACCCAAGCAUUCAUGGCUGCUUUCGCCCGAUUUUUUUCGAGGCGGGGAUGCCCUGCCGCUAUAUAUUCAGACAACGGCACUAACUUUGUUGGUGCUUGUCAACUACUCAAGAAAGAGCGGCAGGAAUUCUUUAAAUGUCUAAAUUCGAGACCACUUAGCCCAUCAAGUGAAAACUCACAGGACUUAAACCCAUUAACCCCAGGUCAUUUUUUGAUAGGUUCACCCAUGUUAACACCUGCCGAACCCGAUUGUAGUGAUGGAAACGUUACUAUAGCAAAUAGAUGGCAAAAACUGAGGAUUCAACAUCACCACUUCUGUCGAAGAUGGAAAGAUGAAUACCUCAAAGAGUUACACAAGAGAUAUAAGUGGAAAUACCCUCAGAGAGAAAUUGCAGUAGAUGAUUUAGUUGUCAUUAAACACGACAACAUACCUCCGAACGAAUGGUCGCUUGGUCGUGUCGUUAAAACUGUUCCCGGUUCUGAUGGACGUAUCAGAGUCGUUGAACUGAGAACCUCAACAGGAAGUUUAAUCCGACCGAUAACUAAAGUUGUCGUUUUACCCACUAGUUAG